AUGGCUGCAACUCUCGCAAACAGCAGUCCGACCUAUCUCCAAAUACUCGAGCAGGCCAAACAGGACUUCUGGAGUGGUCACGCACACCUCUCAGAGGAGCAGCGACAGGAGCUUUGGUUACAGGCCGCCUCGACCCUCCCAAGCAAUGCCUUCAACCCGACACAACCUUCGAUGGCACACCAGACCCCACGCUCAAUGCCCUUUUGCGCGCCAGAUUUGACGCAGCUCCAAACAUCAGGCCUCAGAUCCAUGCAUCGCAACUCGCCAGCUCCAGCCAUGGGCCGCUCGAUAUCGACCACUACAUCAGACAGCAGCAGCCUGCAACGGUCAACGAGCACCUUCUCAGAUUGGCAAUCCAUGUCUCAAGAGUCAAUCAACGACUACACCCACUACCCGGACACUCCAAUGCGAAGACAACCCUCACUCCAACCUGUUGUCGAGGGUGCAGCCUUCGUUAAUGACAGCACGGUUGAGUACAGUCCCGAUGACUUUGUCAACACUUGCAUCGAGCCAGUUGGCUCUUCUCUCCCCCUCCCCCUUCCCCAGUAUCCCCAACAAUUACAUGUUCAACUGACACCCAACCUGGAGUGGAAUUCAUCUUCGGAUGGCUCCACGUCACCCAGCUCACCCUCAACUGCUCUGAUGACUCCUGUUACUCAAUCAAGUAAUUCUAUGAGCCGUCAGAGCAGUUACAACCCGCUUUUCUUUGACAACGUUCCCAUGUUGCGCGUUCAGUCUGAUUCUUCUUGCAUGCUCUCUAUCCUCCCUGAGGAUGGGGUUCUUUCGUUUCCUUAUCAUGUCGAGUCGAAAGCCAUCAGCAAUCAUGUUGAUGGUUCUCAUUUCCUUAAUUUCACUGGUUCUACCAGUGAAGCUUUCUUUUCCCCUGCGUCACAUUCUGUUUCUGCAAGUGCGCAAGCACUUGUUUCUUCACCAAACGAGCAGUCGUACCUGGCGGAGGAUAUGCGGAGGUCGGCUUCAACAUCUUCAAGCGAGAGCAGUGCAAGCGACGCUUCGGCGCCGUCUUCCACUUGCUCUCGCCAAUCACGACGCGAGCGCGAGAUCAACGCGCAAGCUGCCGCUCGCAAGAUUGCCCCAAAAGCAGUCGAAAGUAGUGAUGAGACCGAGUCUACGCCAUCAAAUGCUCAGAUGGCAAGGAUAAGGUCUGAUGACGGAUCGUCCAAGACUGUUGGUGUCAUCUCUAAAACACCGUAUGUGCGCCCUCAUCAUCCAAAGAUCAUGUGUCCGCACUGCAUCGAGCGGCCUGAGGGCUUUCGUGGCACGCAUGAACUCGACCGCCACAUUGCUCGUGCACACUCUGCUAGGCGUAAAGGGUAUAUUUGUGUCGACUUCUCUUCUGACAAGAAGUAUCUCGCCAAUUGUAAGCACUGCCGCAACAAGAAGGUCUACGGCGCAUACUACAAUGCUGCUGCUCAUCUACGACGUGCUCACUUCCAUCCCCGAAAGCGGGGCAGGAAGGGCAAGAACGAUGAGAAGCGUGGUGGUAUCGGUGGGGGUGACCAUCCUGCAAUGGAGUAUCUCAAGCAGUAUUGGAUCAAAGAGGUGGACGUCGACAACAAACCGUGCCACGCAUCGCCUGAGAGCGCUUCCGACGAUGUGCCCGAACAAGAUGACGACUCGUAUAACGCGACAUGCGACGUCGACGCCUCGUACUCUUCAACACAACUACAAGUGCCAACGCCGAUCAACACCCAAGUCCCCGUUGAGUCUAGUCAGUAUAUGGACUAUGCAAUGAGUAUGCAUACUGAGCCUAUCAUGAUGUAUGACAACGCUGCCUUCGCGGCUUAUGAUCCCAACGUCGCCGCGACGAACGACAUCAACAACUUUCAGUUCGAUGUGUAUAUGCCCCAAUAG